AACCGAUCUGUGUGUGCAGUGAAUGAAGAAGGCAGGACUAUCAAGUCACAUUUGCAUGUGCAAGCAAUGUUCAUCCACUUUAAACACAAACAAUGGGGAAGUCGUUACAGAAACCGUCUGUUCAAGCAGAAGCACACUUAAAGACGGUCAUUUGUCACGUUGUUUACAUCAACUGUGCCUCGCAUCUGCCUAUCAUCUGAGAACUGCGCCUGUGCUCAAGACUGCAGGUCUGUCCGUCCUCGACCAGGUAACAGACAUGGGGCUCUGUUCUCUAACACAUCAGAUCGAUGCUUUAAACAUCCUAAAUGAACUGCGAGAUCACGGGACGGGCAGUAAUAGAGAGGGAGAGGGCCGGUGUCCGGGUGCUUUGGCGGCCGGUAAAGUGGCCGCUCGCCCGGGCGAUGUGAUGAAGGAGCCCCGCAGGCUGAAGACGAUCGCGGAGAGAGCACGGGAAAACUGCCUUUCGCGACUGCUCGAGAUACUGACACAGCUCAUAUCUAUCGAAGAAGACUUCAUUAAAGACGGCUCUUACGGGAAGAGUUUGCUCAAGCGUAAGGACAGCGUUGAUCUGAAGAACAUAUGCUUGAGAAUGGCUGUGGCAGAAGGUGGUUCUCGCUCGGACAGAGACUUGAGGGAACUUCGAGACUGUCUUCGACUUAUCGUCAUUAGCCUGCUUGCACAUGUGAGAGAUGAAAACAAUCUGUCAUCCACCGUGUCCACUCACAGACUAAGAGAGCUUUCAAACUCCUUCCCUGAAAUCUGAAAAUCUGCAGAUUUCGCUGUGUGAUUUCUAAGGAACUACCUCAGAAAAACAAGGAGACAUUAACUUUCUUAAGAAACAAACAAGCCAUGAACUAUCUGUGAAUCAUCAGUGAAUGUAAAAUUAGCAUGAUGUUUCAGAUUACAAAUGAAGGCGUGGAACCUCACAAAAAAAGUGUUUUGCAGAGCAAUCAUGUAUAUGCUCAGCUUUAAGAGCUGUAUUGUUUAUUGUAUGCGUUAGUCAGUACUCAUGCAUGCAUAAGAAUGGCAGAACAACAUUCUCUUUGCACAUACCAGUAUCAUGAGUUUGUGUUCGGCUGACUGUACAGGUAAAACAAGUCUGAUGCUGCUGAAUCCACUCUUAACUCCACGGGUGGGAUGAUGGUUGUCACACCUCAGGAUGGGUCCGGUGUGGCUGCCUUUGUCACCUGAUAAACAAAAGGAGUGUGUUUGGUGGAGCAGGGGUGUGUUGGUUAAAAGUGCAAUAUGUGUUGUGUGUUCUAAUGUUGAAUUGAUUAUGACAUCACUGUGUAAUUAUGUUCAAAAUAAAAACCAUUUUCAGUGUUACAACCACCCAAGCAGUUCUGAAGAUUUGAUUAUGAAUUCCAGGUUUGAGGAUUGCAAAUGCAAUUUUGCUGUUUGUGCAAAUAUGGACUGUCUGUAAAAUCUGUAGAAUCGGCUUUUGUCACUAGAUGGUGCACAAAACCAGCUUUUAUGUUAUGUAAAUGGUCUUGUGCUCCACUACAAACUUUUUUGGUGUGAUGUAAAUGAGGAUGAAAUUCCCAAAAAGUGUUGGAUAAUAAUUAAA